AUGCCAAGAGAGAUAAUAACAAUCCAGGCCGGCCAGUGCGGUAACAAUGUUGGCAGUCAGUUCUGGCAGCAGCUGUGCCUCGAACACGGAAUAAACAAAGAUGGGAAUUUGGCAGAAUUUGCGACUGAGGGGGGAGAUCGGAAAGAUGUCUUUUUCUACCAGAGCGACGAUACACGAUACAUUCCUCGAGCAAUAUUGCUUGACCUAGAACCAAGAGUUCUCAAUACCAUCCAAACCGGCGCAUAUCGCAACAUCUACAAUCCCGAGAACUUCUUCAUUGGUAGACAAGGGAUCGGUGCUGGCAAUAACUGGGCUGCCGGAUAUGCAGCCGGUGAAAUUGUGCAAGAAGAAGUGUUCGAUAUGAUAGAUCGUGAGGCAGAUGGCAGCGAUUCGUUAGAGGGAUUUAUGUUGCUUCAUUCCAUCGCAGGUGGAACCGGAUCCGGAUUGGGGAGUUAUAUUCUUGAACGAAUGAACGAUCGAUUCCCCAAAAAAUUAAUCCAGACCUACUCCGUGUUUCCUGACACCCAGGCGGCUGAUGUCGUAGUCAAUCCCUAUAAUAGCCUGUUGGCCAUGAGAAGAUUGACACAGAAUGCUGAUUCAGUGGUUGUCGUGGACAAUGGUGCCCUCUCACGAAUCGCUGCGGAUAGAUUACAUGUUCAAGAGCCUUCAUUUCAACAAACCAAUCAAUUGGUUUCUACUGUUAUGUCUGCAUCCACCACCACCCUUCGAUACCCCGGAUACAUGCAUAACGACCUCGUCAGCAUCCUGGCGAAUCUCAUACCAGACCCUCGAACCCGAUUCCUUAUCACGUCAUACACACCCUUUACUGGGGAUAAUGUCGAGCAAGCAAAGACAAUCCGAAAGACAACCGUACUAGAUGUCAUGCGUCGACUCCUCCAACCAAAAAACCGCAUGGUGUCAAUCACACCCAGCAAAUCCAGCUGCUAUAUCAGCAUAUUCAAUAUCAUCCAGGGUGAAGCAGCUCAAACGGAUGUUGAUAAAUCGAUUCUCAGGAUCCGUGAACGUCGCCUAGCCACAUUCAUCCCGUGGGGCCCGGCUAGCAUCCACGUAGCUGUUCCCAAACGUUCUCCGUAUCUGCCAAACACGCAUAGGGUGAGCGGGCUAAUGCUAGCAAAUCACACCUCUGUGGCAACCCUCUUCAAGAGAAUUGUUAGCCAGUAUGAUCGGCUGCGGAAGCGAAAUGCGUUCUUGGAGCAAUAUAAGAAGGAAGCCCCCUUUGCGGAUGGACUGGGGGAGUUUGAUGAGGCUAGGGCUGUGGUUAUGGAUCUCAUUGCGGAGUAUGAAUCUGCAGAAAGACCUGAUUAUGCAGGUGGUGGGGCGGAUAUAGAGGAAAGCUAA